CUGCAGGAGGGCAAUCGGUGGCGCUACGGGGAGCUGCUGAAGACGGAGCGGUUCCGGGGCUGGGCGGGGCGGGCGGAUCUGGCGUUCAAGUUGACGCUCGCGUGGUUUGGCCUGCCGGUUGCGCCCAUGGGCGGCGGGGAGGGAGACAGUGACAGUGACUCGGAAGAUGAGAGUGGGAGUGGUGGUGAGAAGCGUGUGCGGAAGGAGGCGCUGAGGUUCUUGAACGGGUAUAACGAGCGGGUCUAUGAGCGGGAUGCUGGAGUGCGAGAGCCGGAUCCGAAGCUGGAGGUAUAUUAUCUUAAGAGGACUCGGCAUCGCCGGCGCGGACACUAUGGAACCGGCAGACCAUGGGAAGAUCCGACUUCUUCGGGUCUGCGGGGCGGCGAGGCUGUUCACGAGGAUGACUCCGACAGUUCGUCACAGUUGGUAGGUACGGAUGGCGAAGAGGAGGAUGAGCCUUCCGCCACAGAUCCCAGCCAUCUCUUACUCCGCGGCGGGACGGUCGCAAGCAGCGUCUUCAAGGAGUUGCAGGAUUAUGAAGGAGCGGACGAGCAACAAAGCAGAUGGUCGGUCGCGGAUGGGUUCGAGUCCUCCCUCUACACCCCUCUUGGCGGGUUCUCGGCUGGCAUCGACCAGAAGUGGGCCCCUCUGUACGGCUACCAAGGGGUUGUCUGGUUCCAGAAGGAUAUGAUGUAUACCUUCGUCGACGCUAUUGACCGGCUGCUGGGCCUGGAUAACCGGGCGGGCGUUACCUACAACCUCUACCUCCUGGAUAAAGGAAAGGAUUACAGCUCCCAGACCGAACGGUAUGAGUACCUCAGCAACCUCGACGACAACGGACUCUCCAUCUGGGGCGGUGGCCCCGGCGACUACAGCCAUGACCAGCUUGCCUGGGAGUGGGCGGUAGAUAAGCUCGUCGAAUCGGAACAGGAAAAUAAAGGAGAACAACGGAAAGUUCUCUUUGUUGCUGGUCCGGCUGAUCCGAUCCCCUGGACAUGGGAGCCUGGCCCUUCCCACGGAGUCAUGAAGGUCAUACUCGACUGGGCCAACGUGCCGAAGAUGGACCGCCCGGAUGUUGCCUACCUUCGCCUGCCCGAGAAUCCCAGGGACGCCGUCUACAGCAACCAAUUCUGGCCUUGGAUGACCAAUGUAUGCCGUGUGCUAGCGGCUGGACGGAUUCCCAGCCGCCCUGGCUACCCGGCCAUCCCGGACGCCUGGUUCACCAUCAAGGGCCGGGGUCGGAGAGGCAGCGUCAUCGGCACAUACGGCGGCCUGGCAUUCCUCCCUCAGCUUUGGGACACAGUGGUUGCGCAAUGGGAGAAGGAUAAGCUUCGGCCACUGACGCUCGAGGCUAGAACAGGCCCGGAGCGUGGAGGGGAGAACCUGCACAUCAGUGACCGCUGGCAUUUCUUCGUCCCCGGCUUCGGUGGUCCGUACGAAAAGCAGUAUAUCCUGCACGAGGAUGUCGACAAUGUCAUGGCUGUGCGGCAGCGGAUUGUGGGUCUGUUGAAGGCUUCGAUGUCCGCCGACGGUUUCUCCAAGAUGCACUCGCUUGAAGUGCAUUUGCCCGGCGCCGGGUUCUUUAUCGUCACGCAGGACCAACCGAAGCUCGUCGUUUCCAUGACGGCCGACGACCAGGACUCGGUCUUCCAGCGGGUUGUGGACUGCCUGGUCCAUUGGAGGAAGUGGCUCCAAGAAAUGCCUCGAGUCCCUCCUGUCGCGGACGGACUCAGUCUGUUCCCACAAUUCAUCACCCUUCGUCCCGUGUUCGGGGAAUACACAAUUUGUGACGCUGACAGGACUGCGGAGCCUCGAGUGUGGGAUCCUGUGGGCACAAACGUUGCGCAAUUGCGAGAUUUGGUGGCGAGGUUGUGGUCAACCAGCGACCAUGAGGAGCAGUAUGUGGCUGAUAUCACCUGGGUGGCCAUUACCCAGGGUCGCCCGAAGAAGACCACGGGCACCAAGGACAAGGGUUCCGACCCGACAGAGAGCAGGCCAAAACUCCUCGUCGGUCCCAAGGCCACGGAAGCCGAGUGGUACGCAAUCCGCAGGAUGAUUGUCGAGCCCGAUGUAUUCGUCUCCCUCGUAGACGAGGGGAGCCUUCCCAGGUUUGGAGACAUGGAAACCGGGCAGCCGUUUGGGUACCGCGACAUCUACCAGACGCCGACAGAUGUGUUAUAUCAGGCGCUGGACAAGGACCAUCUGCCGCUCCCGCCAUCAGCUCGGCACUAUGACUGGCAGCUGUGGGGGGAAGUGGUGACUCCGCACCUCGACACCAUCCAGCCGUGGGAGGAGCAGCCAGCGUCUCUGUCAACGCUCUAUGAUUAUGCUUCCUUCCCCGUGCAGCUCCGUUCGGGCACUACAUCGUCGUCAGCAAACCGCACUGCCAAGGGCACCAACAGAGCGGAUGUAAUAUCCGGCUCAAGCGACCAAAGCGAAGACACGUCCACGGAUCGUGCCAGCUUUCCAGUUCUGACCGACAUCGAGAGGGGCCAACGACUACGCGAGUACAGCUAUGCGCACCCGCUAGACGUGCAAACGAACCUGGCGGUGCCAAUCAACGCGCCGCCGGUCGACAUGCUGCUCAACCUCAAGCACGACAGCGUGCCAGUUGUCUCGCUGUCGGUCCUGACGCCCACCGAAGUUCGCCGCCUGCAACGGGAUUACCAUGACAUGCGCAACCUGGUCUUGUCACGUACCGAGCGCUGUCCGUAUCCCGAUUGCGGUGCUGUGUAUCCGGCAAACCAGCCGAUGGCAAUGCAUUUGCAUCUGCAAGACAAGCACGUGGCAGAGAAAUGCAACUUCUGCGACGAGCCCCAGCCCCGUCUCCCUCCACCUUUUGCUGCGCAGAGUGUGCUAACCCAUCACAGACCCAAAAACAACUUACCUCCUCCCACAACCACAAAAGGGAAAACACCACGUCGCACCUCGACUGCCGCUAGUGAUUCCUCCCUCUCACCUCCGCCGAGCUCAAGCCACUCUCGUCGCUCUAGAGAAUCGUGGCGACCACCUCCGACUCCAACCCCUCCUCUGCCUCCGCCGCCGCCGCCGCCACCUCUCGUACCGGAAGAAACACUAGAACCGGCGCAACCGGCAGGGAAAGGCAAGGGGAAAGGAAAAGCGAAGGCCAUGAUCCGAGCAAAGCCCGAAAAGGCAGCGGCGCCCGUAUUAUCAGCAUCGCAGAGAAGGAUCACCAGGUCCAUGACAGGCGUAUCCAAGCGGAAGCGGGGCGAUGAAGAAGCCGGUGGAGGGUCGGAGGCACAGCCGAGACAUACGGCGAAAGCGGUCCGCACGGUGUCAUACGCUGAACCGCUGGUUCGUGGCCCGUCGCCGGCAAGGGAAACGGCCCCG